AGAGUCAGGUUUUGGUGGGUUAAUUUUGGUAGACAAGAAUCAAACAUACAAUGGGAGACGAAGCAAAGAUCUUCACUCUUUCAGAAGUUUCAGAGCAUAAUCAAGCUCAUGACUGUUGGAUUGUCAUCAAUGGAAAGGUGUACAAUGUGACCAAGUUUCUUGAAGACCAUCCAGGUGGGGAUGAUGUUCUCUUGUCUUCAACAGGCAAGGAUGCAACGGAUGAUUUUGAGGACGUGGGUCACAGCGAGAGUGCAAGAGAAAUGAUGGAGCAAUACUACGUAGGAGAGAUUGAUCCGACAACAAUACCAAAGAAAGUCAAAUACACACCUCCUAAACAACCUCACUACAAUCAAGACAAGACCUCUGAAUUCAUAAUCAAGAUCCUCCAGUUCCUCGUACCCCUUGCCAUACUCGGUUUAGCAGUCGGCAUUCGCAUUUACACCAAAUCAGGGUAGGCUUCUUCUUUUUUUCUGAGCAUUACUACCAUAUAUCUUAUAUAUAGAGAGAAAGAUUUAAGUCUUUUGAAAAGACAAAUCUCAAAGUCUCUCCCUUUGUUCUUGUCUCUGUUCCCAUAUUUUGUUGUUUGAAUGUGUUUUGGACAAUUUCUUAUCUAUUGUGGUGUAACUGCAUAUGAACAACAGUCUUGUUGGUGGUUUUGCCUUGAGCAACUAAUGACAUCACAGUUAUGACUAAUAAUAAGUGAUCUGUUUU